GUUUAAACGUCGCGGCGGGCCGGGCGAGUGGAGGGGCGGGGCGCGCCUCUGUGUUGUGCCGCGGGUUCCGUAGGCGACAGCGCGGCGCGGAACGGCGGGCACUCGGGGCCGGCGGGAGGCACCAUGUCCCCGGGAAGCGGCGUGAAGAGCGAGUACAUGAAGCGCUACCAGGAGCCGCGCUGGGACGAGUACGGGCCGUGCUACCGCGCGCUGCUCCACUACCGCCUGGGCCGCCGGCUGCUGGAGCAGGCGCACGCGCCCUGGCUCUGGGACGACUGGGGCCCGGCCUGCGCCUCGGACGACUCGGCGUCGUCGGCGUCCUCGAGCGCCGGGGCCCCCGCGCCCCAGUGCGCCCCGGCCUCGCCGCCGCCGCCGGUGGAGCCAGCGGCGCGCGAGGAGCCGGAGCAGCGGGCGCGCGCGGCCCCGGAGGAGGAGCGGGGCGCGGAGGCCGCGGGGGACGCGGAGGCCAGGGACGCGGAGGACGCGGAGGACUCGGCGCUGCCAGCACUGCCAGCGAAAGACAUAAAAGAAAAACCUGAACGACAGAUCAGGACCAGAGAGCCUGACAAAUUACCCAGCAGUACCGAACCUCAACCACCACCAAGUGCCUUACCUGCCAGAGGAAGUAGGAGAGCGGUCAAGAGUCCUCAAAGGUCAUCAACUAAAAUAAAAGAACAUAAGCAUCCGUUUGCCCUUUAUGGGUGGGGAGAAAAACAGACGGAUACAGGAAGCCAAAAAACUCACAACGUCUGUGCUUCUGCCCCAGUGCAUGAGAUUCAUGAAUCGGCGUUGCGAGCCAAGAGCAGAAGGCAGGUGGAGAAGAGGCGGCUGGCGGCUCAGAGGCAGCGGGCUCACUCCGCCGACGUGGACAAAAACAGGCGGGUCAAGCCUGCCUCGUCGGAGAACCCGUGGAUGACGGAGUACAUGAGAUGCUACUCCGCCAGAGCUUGAGGGGAGGGACAGUUGCUCAGACAACCUCUUUUAAAAAGUGUAAAUGAAAGAAAGGAAAAAACAAAACAAAAACCAUCAAAAGAAACUGGACACAGGUUUAAGAAACCAACUGAUUAUGCAAGAUUUUUCUUAGGGAAUUUCCAAAAGAUUGUCUCUUUUGAUGAAUCCUGGUCACCUACCUCAGCAGUAGGGUGACAGCUGAAAGCCAUAGACAUUUGGUUAUUUAUGAGAAUUCCCUAAAUCUUUGAUAUUCUUAUAAGGGUUUUGUUAUAAAGCAUCUUAAUCUUUUCAGAUACUGACACCAAAUGCCUUUAAAUGGCUUACAGAUUCUUAACUUCAGUAUCUUCCCUCAGUUUAGGUGGAGCCUGUGUUGCUCCUGUUCUGAACGACUUCUGAGAUUCCAUAGCUGGUAAGGUCACGCCAGCUUGCGGCAGAAGACUCAUUUUCCUUAUGUGUAGAUUUCUUUGUGAAAGAAUAUCAAGUUAAAAGUGAGUUUCGACGCUAGUACUGAUUCAAUGUAUAGUGAAAGUAGAGCUUUGGUAGCUCCUAACAGUUAACUUUCUUUUGCAUUUCAGUUCAGCACCACUUCACGUGGACUGUGAUAUUUAAGAAUUACUGGGCUGGGUGAGGGUCAUCUUUUCUCUUUAAAUUGUCAUCUAGGCACUUAUUAAUAGUUUAAUAGUUCAGGUGCAUUCCAGUAAACAAAGUGCCAGUGCAGUGUGUUUAGAAGUAGUACUGGUUUCUUCUGAGUCAAAGACUGUCUGUCACUUUUUAUUGUGAGAUUUUUUAAGAACACAUAAUGGGGUACCGUUCACUUACUGCAGUCUGGCCUUUUGACACACACUCACUGUGGACUUUUGCCUCUUUUCUGAUAGUUUGGCGAUGACAUUUAGAAUUUAAUUGUCCUGCUCAUUGGGGAUGGGGACAGAUUUUAAGAUACCCAUUAGAGAUGUGGACCACCCCUACUUUCUCCUCCAUAGAACUCACCAGUAACAAAGCCUUGAUGAUGUACAUUGUUCAGACUUUUGGUUGAAAUACAUUCCUCUUAGGUUGCUAACCGGUAGGCCUUGUGUAGAGCCUAAUGCGAGAGGAUGCUGGUGUGUGCGUGGGCAGAGGUGUAUGUAAAUGACGUGCUCCUUCUCUCUAGUACAUUUGCUUUUGUGGUAGAAAGUGAUUUUGAGAAACACUGGUUUCCAUCCAGGAGAGACAGGAAUCUGCAGGAUGAAUGGUAAACUCCUCAUAGGAGAGAAGGAAGUACUUUGCCAACUUAGCACGUGCAGAUGUGUGAAUGAAAAUCUGGUGUUUGAUGUGAGUUUGAGCAUUUCCUUGACAUUUUUACUCUGGGUCUUUGAAGUAUUAUGGUCAAUUUUUAGAACACAAAUGUUUUAUUCCAUGUAAAAUCUUCACACAGUAUCAUCUUACACAACUGUAUUAAGUUUUGCAAAUUCAUACUGAAAAAUCAUGAGCUUUUUUAAAAAAAAAAAACUUUAAAAAUAUUUGCAUUGUUUUUAGGUGAAUACAUCGUGAGCUCUCCUGGUCACUGUGAUGUAUAUUUAGUACGAAGAAGGUCUGUGUGUUGUCCAAAACAACCUCGCUAGUGAUUCUGGUGAAUCUUGCUGUUAUUAUAGUCCUUAAACAUUGCAGGUACCUAAAGAUGAAAUUCCUGUGGCGUCGUGAUGGUGGAAACUGUUUCUUUAAAAUCACUUCCUGCAUGUUUGGUUUCAACCACCGGCUCUGGCGUUCCAUUCCCGUUGCAGCUGACAAUCUUAGGAAGAGGCCGAGGGGAGUAGCUCGGGUCCACACUGAUGGACUGUCUUAGAAACCCGACCCUUCGAGGCUCUGAGCAAGCCAGACUCUCUCCUUUAGAAAACAGACUCAUAUUCAAUGUGCUUGCUUAUUACUGCAAACUCCAGAUGCAGAUCUGGAAGAACCUAGAGGGCAAUACUGGCCAAUUUUUCCCCAUUUUUAAGUAGAGGACAAAUGAACAAAAUUUUUAAAGUACUUUUAAUGUGCAUGAACAAUGAAUGAGUCAAUAUGAAGUACUUGUGAGUUCCCUUCCUAUGUCCAAGUCAUUAGUUGGUUAGGGUUUCUUUACUUUUCUUUCUCUUUAGGGGUAAAGAUUAUCUUUUAAGCCUACAGAAUUUUUUAAGUUGUAACUUUUUUUUUUUUUUUUUUUUUUUUGCGGUACGUGGGCCUCUCACUGCUGCGGCCUUUCCCGUUGCAGAGCACAGGCUCUGGACGCGCAGGCUCAGCGGCCAUGGCUCAUGGGCCCAGCCGCUCCACGGCAUGUGGGAUCUUCCCGGACCGGGGCACGAACCCGCGUCCCCUGCAUCGGCAGGCGGACUCUCAACCACUGCGCCACCAGGGAAGCCCAAGUUGUAACAAUUUGAUGUCCUACUUUUUCCUUCUCAUUCUAGAAACUGAUGUUGUGAUCAUGUUCCCAUUUCUUUGGACAACUUAUAAGACAGCAAGGUAGUUUAAAAUUACCUAUCAUGUUGAAAAGUUUGAAACUGAGAAUCCAGUGAUAUUUAAAAUAUAGAAUAAAAUAAUUGCUACAUAAGACUGUUUUUAAAAUUUUGGUUUUAAGUUCUUAGUUAAAACAAUUUGCCAUAAACAUGUUUUCUGUGUUACUUUUAUGAAAAGCAAUAAUGGAAUAUUGAGUAACACCUGAAUACCUCCACUGGACCGAGGUGAGUGAGAACUAAAUAGGAAUCUGUCCGUUUUCUUUCUUUUAAAACCUAAAAGAUCGCUCUUAUUUAGGAGCUGUCAAAAUGCUUGUACUCCCCUACUGUCAGAAAAUUUCCAAGUACAUAUAUACAUUUUUUCAAGUUUACUAAAAGUAAAAUAGGGCAUAGGUUAUCUGAAUUAACUUGUAAGGUAGUAAGCACACAUUUGUGGUGCUUCUUAUGAAGUAGCUUUGUCAUUGAUUCAUCAAAUGUAAAUUGCUAGUAACCUGAAAGGUGUGUAUACUGGGUCACAUAAACUCAACCAACUAAACUGCACAAAAGAAAGGUGGCUUUUGAGUUCUAAGGCUGUGCUGGGCGUAAACUUUAUCAACGGAAGGUUAGUACUUGAUAAAGUGUUCAAAUGUAUUAUUGGCAAAGAGGGAGAGAGGCCAAGCCUAUGUUAGAAGUAAAAACAACUUUCCUUGUUGACUGCUUCAGUAGAAAAUAGUUUAGUGGAUAGUUUUACAUUUCACUGGACUAGAUAAAAAAUGGUGCUAAUAUUUACACAGUCUGAUUCUGUAGUUGGUUUGGGAUCAAACUGUCAAUGCCUGACUUAUAAGGUUCUUACUCUAGUCUUGUGAUCAGCUAAAUAUUUAAAAAGUGAUCCUAAAAGUGUGACCUUGUAUUUGAAAUGGAUUUUGUACAAUAGGAUGAAUAGGGAGCUCUUCAACGUAAGGUGUGUGCUUAAUACCAAAUCCUGUGCAAGGAGUGAUGUCUAGGUUUUGGGCCCAGAUUUGCUCCCUUCCAGCCUGCUAGUGUGAGAGGGGGGAAAGCUGCUCGUCUAUUACUUAUUUCCAUUUUGAAAGUCGGGACACCUGAGUGAAGACAGUAGAGGCCUCUUUUUGGAUUUCUUUUAUAAUUAGCAAAACUGUAUUUAAGAACAGUCUCCCUGUGUUGUUGUAUAUUUAUUUUGAGCACUGCAUUCACUUUAACAUUCUGAAGAACAAAGGCUGGGCACUUACCAUCCCAAGGCUCGGGCAGUGGGAAUCUGGGGCUGUGUUUUCUAAGAACUAUGUAUUACUUUUCGCUUGUAUUGAAUAUUGCAGUUACUUGGAAAA